GUUAUUUUACGAGCUCCUACUAUCUCCCGCACUCAAAACAGAUGACAGCAUUGACCAGAAACAUCAAACAAAAUGUACACUACUGUCACAGCGACUCUCGAGGUAUCAUUUGUGGACCAUGCCUGAUUUAAACUCGACAUUAUGGUAAUUAGGAGACCGAGAACUGUCGGCUUUCAGACACACAGGCGGCGGUAACGUGUCUUUCACCGCAUAUGUUUGAUUUUCUUUGAUAAACGGAUGUGUCAUUAUCAGCGCACAGACCCUUUCGGCGUUAGCGAGUAUGUUAGCCGCAUGACAGCGGGCUAUUUGAAACCUUCGCCGACGUUAAAAUAGCAAAUCGCUCACAAGAAGUUGCAGCAAUGGCUUCGGCGUUGAGUUGCUUCAGUGGUCCCGAGGUUUUGGAGGACGUGAAUCACGCUCUGGGUUUGAUGAAAGAGCUGAAACUGCUGUACGACUGCCGGCUGCUCGGGGACGUUACGAUCGGGGUGGAGGGCGAAGAGGAGUCGCCGGAGCACAGCGGAGAGACAGCCAGAGGCGACAUCGAACAACUUUUCCUGUGUAGCCGCAACGUCCUCGCCGCUGCCAGCCCUUACUUCAAGAGCAUGUUCACCGGGGGGCUGAACGAGAGCAUGCAGGAGAGAGUGGUCAUCCGCGGGGUGGACGCUGAGUCCAUGUCCGUCAUCAUCGACUACUGUUACACCGGCAGGGUGACCAUCACGGAGAGCAACGUGCAGAGGCUGUACUCGGCGGCCAACAUGCUUCAGCUGGAGUACAUCAGGGAGGCUUGCUCCAGUUUCAUGACCAGGAGGCUGGACCACUCCAACUGUGUGGGGAUACUGAAGUUUGCGGACACGUACGACAACCCUGAGCUGAAGGAGAAGGCGCAAGCUUUCAUAGCCAGGAACUUCAGCCAGGUGUGCAGUGGAGGGGAGCUUUGUGAGCUGGAUCUGAUGCAGUUGCAGGAGCUGUUGUCUCUGAACACUCUGGAUGUGGACUGUGAGAGGAAGGUGUGCUCGGCUGCUCUGCAGUGGAUAGAGGCCAACGCUCCGCAGAAAAGGGAGGAUGCACUGCAGGCGCUCAAGUGUGUGCGGUGGAACUUGUUCACGGAGAAGGACAACUGUUACCUGGAGGGCCUCAUGGCCAGGCCUUUGAUUGAGAAGCACCUUGCGUCUUUCUUCAACAGGUCUGCAGAGGACAGCUGUGGAAUGGCUGCACCUCUGGACGUACCAAAACACAGAAUAGGUGUGAGCGCGAAAGAAAUGAUCCUCUUCUUCGGCCUGCCCAACGACAACAUCAUGUGCUGCGACCCUUACUCAGAGGACCUUUAUUUCAUGGCCCCUCCUUUGGAAGACCUCAGCAGUCAGGAUUACAAGCGUUCCACCAUGGAGUCCUUAAUUGCCUGUGCCACACCUGAAAACAACUUGUUUCUAGCCUCGCACCUAUCUAAACACUUCUGGCUGUACAACCCCGUGCUCAACAGCUGGCAGGAGUUGGCGGAGAGACCCCUGGGGAGGAUCCACUCCGGGAUGGGCUACCUCAACGGCCAUGUGUACCUUCUGGGAGGAAGAAAUCCCGUGACGGAUGCCAGACUGAAGGAGGUCGAGUGCUACAGCGUCCAGAGGAACCAGUGGACGUUUGUGGCUCCUCUGCCUCAUUCUUUAGGUAAAAUGCAGGUGGUGGCGUUACACGACCACUUGUAUGUGGUGAACAAACGGAGAAUGCUUUGCUAUGAUCCAAAGAGGAACCGCUGGCGCCACUGCGGGUCCCUCAGACGAGACAAGCUCCACAAGGCUUGCGUGUUUCAGGACCAGAUCAUUUGUGUGUGCGACAUCCCCGUGGUGAAAGCCUACAGCCCCACGAGGGGGGAGUGGAGGAGGCUGGGUGACAUUCCCAUCGACAGCCGUGCUUUAAAUUACCAGGUGAUCCAGCACAACAACAAGCUGCUCCUUCUCACUCAGACUUUACUGCAACACAACAAAAACAGGGUCCUCAUCCACGAAUACGACCCAGCCAGGGACACGUGGAAGAAUGUCAUGGCUGUGUAUGUGUCCACCCUGGGGCCGGUGUGUGUUUCAACACGCGUGUACCCGGCAUGCCUGGGCUCCGCGCACAGCUUCUCCACAGAGGAGGACGACGACAGCGGCUCCAGUGCCGACUGGGACUUUGAUGGGUUGACGGACGCAGACUCGGACUCUGGCAGCUCUAGCUCUUUCUCAGACGAGAACUGGUAGUGAAGAUGUGUUGGUGUCAAAGAAAAGUUUAACUUAUUUGUAAUUUAAUUGAUUCCUACAGGGUUCUGUCUGCCAGAAGAGGUCAGAGAUCAAUAUUCAGUACAGUGUUAAUGCCAGCUGUGUACAGUAGAAGCCAUCAAAAUCUUCACGUCUUGCUAAUCAUUAUUUACACAAGGAAGUAUUUCGUCCUGCCUUUAACGGCAGCUUUUCGAAAGAUUUCGAUGCACGUUAUGCUGGUUCUACGCACUUAUUUUGCAAUGAAAUUGUGGAAGAAAGUGAAAACUUCAGAAAGAGUUGCCUUUUUUGGUAUAAUUCGUUAAAAAUCUAAAGACAUUUGUUACAGUGAGAAUAAAAUUGUAGGAACGUUUUGUGCGGGGGGACUGCUAUAACUGGUGAGAUUCACUGAAAACUGCGAUUGGUCAAAUCUGCAGAAAAGUUGCGAUGAUUGGACAAAAAUGCAUGUAUUUGCAUUAAUUGUUGCGAUUGCAACUUGCUGCAAGGACCGGCGAAUGAAGGGUUACUCCAGAGAUGGAGCAUAACACUUCCAUAAAAUUAGACGAGAGACAGAUUAACAAAGAAUGGUCAAAAGUCAAAGCAGCAGCGUCUGCUAUAUCUCGUCUCUAAGGUCACGUUUAAAAAAACACUGAAUCCUACACCUCCCAUGAGGCAGUGGUGAGCCUUUGCGGGGUAGAUAUACAAGACCAGAGGGAAAAUGUGGAACAAAACUCAGCUUAUCACAGCAGAGACGUUUUAACUCGUCAAACACAGCAGGUGUUACUGAUAUGAUAAUUAAAUGCCAGAACUGAGCCCUCAGUAAUGUUAUUUCUUCCAUCUGUGUGCUCCCUGACACGACGAGACACAAUGUCUGCUGGGAAAAAGGUCUGUGAAUUUAAUUGCUCUGGUGCUACCAAGGCUAUCAAGAUUCACGUCGGAAGUAAAAUGACAUUUAAAGUACAAGAUAAACAUACUUACACUACAGACAGAGCGGAAAAGGAGAAAAAGAAAAAAAACUGCUGCCGUUCAUCAAGCUAACACUCAGUCAAAUACAAAAUACAAAGACGCCCAUUCUUGCUCUUGACUAUACUGCCAAUAUAGCAGCAUAUCUUUUGUGUGUAACUCACAUUUUCUAAUUUCCUAAAGGGGGCAUAAAAAAAACUGCCAUAAUGCAACUUAAUUGCUAUUGUUUGUCAGACGCUUCCUGCUUGGUUAACACCCUCAGUCUUCACACUCAGUCCAGUAGCUCUCUUUGACGUGUUAAAUGGGUGGAAGGCCCCUUUAAUGCUCGUGUUGUGUUAAAUAAAGACAAGUUUGUGACAGAAAUAUUUGCUAAUAACAUUUUUAUUUAGCUAAUUAAAUGAGUACACCUGCUUAAGAUUGGUGUAAAAUCAUGACUGUGACUUCUGGGACAUCAGGCAGCUCAAGUGCCUCAUGUUUAAUGACAAAUUAACUGGUCAUUUACAGGGCUUUAAAAUUUGCUGUCCUUUUUAUGUUGUUAAGAUGUCACACGCAGCCAGUGUGAAAUACUACAGUAUGAAAUGUAGAAGCCAAUGCACUGUACGCACACUCAGGUUCAGGCUUCAGCCUGUAUGCCAUGAUUGACUUUUUUUUUUGAUGUAGUAAAAUUAGGUGGUUUUGGUGACAAAUUAUAAAUUUUAUGAAAUUUAUUUUAUUGAAUGUGUGACAAAGUGUGUGUGAUUUUUCUUUUAUAAUUUAAAAUGUUUGUUGUAGUCAGGAAUCCAAAUUCACAAAGUGUUUUAAGUUUUGUUUGGUCCUGAUGAAUUGUUUUAGUUGAAGGACAUUUUAUCUGCAUGUAAUAAAACUGUUUGGAAGUUAAGCUAAAAAAAAAAAACUUAAUUGGACAUCCCCAUACAUUCAGUUACCAGUUUAUUAGCUUUGUUAAAACACAUUAGUGUUUCUAAUCAGUUUUACACAAAAUAUUAGGAACACCUCUUAUUAUACAAUGUAAUACCACAAACUACAGCCUCCAAACAACCAUUAAGUUGCAAUAACCUCUUUUUAAAACAAACAGUGAACAUUAAAACCUACAUUUAUUACAUUAGUUUUAGCUAAUAAACUGGUAAAGGAAUGCAUUUCUCACUGGUGUCUCUGUAUGAUGGAUAGAAGUGUUACAUUAUUAUAUAGUGAUGUGUGUGUGUGUGUGUGUGGGAAGGUGAAGGGGUGAUUGGCUCUGGUAACACAUGGUCUGGAUUGUGAAGUUCUUUUGUGUCAAAUAAACCUUCAUGUCUGAUACAGA